CGGCAUGCCGAGCGGAAGCUGCGGCCUUCCGGGAGAAGCUGGAAAGGGACUGGGAGGAAGGAGGCGCGGCAACUGAGGCUGAAGCGCUGCGGCCCCGGCAACCAGAGCGUGGCGGACCAUGACCGUGGUUUCCGUGGCGUCCCUCUACGGACAGCUCUGCCCGAGGCUUCCCUAAACCAUCCCGCGGUGGAUCGGCCCUUGGGUGAGGUCCGCGUCGGUGAGCGACUGGCUUUGUUUAUCAGUGCUUGAAGGAAAAAUGGCUGAUGUUAACCUCACAGAAGUAACUUUAAUAGUAGGAGUGGUUGCUGCCUGCUAUUGGAACAGCCUGUUUUGUGGUUUUGUUUUUGAUGAUGUUUCAGCAAUACUGGAUAAUAAAGACCUACAUCCAUCUACACCUUUGAAAACUUUAUUUCAAAAUGACUUCUGGGGAACUCCUAUGUCUGAGGAGAGAAGCCACAAGUCUUACAGGCCGUUAACAGUAUUGACAUUUCGCUUAAAUUAUCUACUUAGUGAACUAAAACCGAUGUCCUACCAUCUCCUAAACACAAUUUUUCAUGCUAUUGUUAGUGUGAUAUUUCUUAAAGUCUGCAAGCUUUUUCUGGACAAGAGGAGCAGUGUGAUUGCUGCUCUCCUCUUUGCAGUGCACCCGAUACACACAGAAGCAGUAACGGGUGUUGUAGGAAGAGCGGAACUUUUGUCAUCUAUCUUUUUUCUAGCUGCAUUUUUGUCAUAUACUAAGUCAAAGGGGCCAGAUAAUUCCAUAGUGUGGACCCCAAUUGCAUUAACAGUGCUCUUAGUGGCUGCAGCAACACUGUGUAAAGAACAAGGAAUAACAGUUGUUGGCAUUUGCUGUGUGUAUGAAGUAUUUGUUGCCCAAGGGUAUACUUUGCCAUUAUUAUGUACUGUUGCUGGACAGUUUCUCCGUGGAAAGGGUAGUAUUCCAUUUUCUAUGCUGCAGACAUUAAUAAAACUCAUUGUCUUGAUGUUCAGUACAUUAUUACUUGUUGUGAUUAGAGUCCAGGUUAUUCAGUCCCAACUUCCAGUAUUUACAAGGUUUGAUAAUCCAGCUGCUGUAAGCCCAACCCCUACAAGACAGCUAACUUUUAACUACCUCCUUCCUGUGAAUGCUUGGCUACUAUUAAAUCCUUCAGAACUCUGUUGUGAUUGGACCAUGGGAACAAUACCACUUAUAGAAUCGUUUCUAGAUAUUCGAAAUCUUGCCACUUUUGCUUUCUUUUGCUUUUUGGGGACUUUGGGAAUGUUCAGUCUCCGAUACCCUGGUGAUUCCUCCAAGACUGUCUUAAUGGCACUUUGCUUGAUGGCAUUACCAUUUAUUCCUGCAUCAAACCUAUUUUUCCCGGUUGGAUUUGUUGUUGCUGAGCGGGUACUGUAUGUUCCUAGUAUGGGGUUCUGUAUUUUAGUAGCUCAUGGAUGGAAAAAAAUUUCAAAUAAGAGUGUAUUAAAAAAGCUAUCCUGGGUUUGUUUGUCCAUGAUGAUACUAACCCAUGCCUUAAAAACACUGCACAGAAAUUGGGAUUGGGAGUCUGAAUAUACAUUGUUUAUGUCAGCCUUGAAGGUGAAUAAAAACAAUGCCAAAUUAUGGAAUAAUGUGGGUCAUGCUCUGGAAAAUGAGAAGAACUUUGAGAGAGCUUUAAAAUACUUUUUACAGGCUACCCAUGUUCAACCAGAUGACAUUGGUGCCCACAUGAAUGUAGGAAGAACUUACAAAAAUUUAAACAGAACUAGAGAAGCUGAAGAAUCGUACAUGUUGGCCAAAUCAUUAAUGCCUCAGAUUAUUCCCGGUAAAAAAUAUGCAGCCAGAAUUGCCCCUAACCACCUAAAUGUUUAUAUCAAUCUGGCCAACCUCAUCCGAGCAAAUGAAUCCCGCCUGGAAGAAGCAGAUCAGCUGUACCGACAGGCAAUAAGCAUGAGGCCAGACUUUAAGCAGGCUUAUAUCAGCAGGGGAGAAUUGCUUUUAAAAAUGAAUAAACCUCUCAAAGCAAAGGAAGCAUAUCUUAAAGCACUAGAGCUGGACAGAAAUAAUGCAGAUCUUUGGUACAACUUGGCUAUUGUUUAUAUUGAACUUAAAGAACCAAAUGAAGCCCUAAAAAAUUUUAAUCAUGCUUUAGAACUAAAUCCAAAACAUAAGCUAGCACUGUUCAAUUCUGCUAUCUUAAUGCAGGAAUCGGGUGAGGUGAAACUCAGACCUGAAGCUCGAAAAAGACUUCUAAACUAUGUAAAUGAAGAGCCACAAGAUGCUAAUGGCUAUUUCAAUUUGGGAAUGCUUGCCAUGGAUGACAAAAAAGAUACAGAAGCAGAGAUUUGGAUGAAGAAAGCCAUAAAACUGCAAGCUGACUUCAGAAGUGCUUUGUUUAAUCUGGCUCUCCUGUAUUCUCAGACUGCGAAGGAAUUAAAGGCUUUGCCGAUUUUAGAAGAGUUACUCAGGUAUUACCCUGAUCAUAUCAAAGGUCUUAUUUUAAAAGGAGACAUUCUGAUGAACCAAAAGAAAGAUAUACUUGGAGCCAAAAAAUGUUUUGAAAAGAUACUGGAAAUGGAUCCAAGCAACGUGCAAGGAAAGCACAAUCUUUGUGUUGUAUAUUUUGAAGAGAAGGACUUACUAAAAGCUGAAAGAUGUCUGGUUGAAACAUUGGCAUUAGCACCACAUGAGGAAUAUAUUCAGCGCCAUUUAAGUAUAGUCAGGGAUAAAAUAGCCUCAUCUGCUGUAGCAGAGCAGCCGGUAUCCUUAGCUGAUAAAACUUCAGGUGGAGAAGAACGAGACAAAAAUCCCACUGAGAAUGAACAAGAAACCAGAAGUGAAUCCAGACCAGCACAAAUAAUACAGACGAGUGAUCAUAAAAACUCUAAAUCCAGCAAACAGUUAGUAAAACAUGAAGACAAAGAGACUCCUCAUAAAACAACAAAAGACAUAAAAGAAAUUGAGAAGAAAAGAGUUGCUGCUUUAAAAAGGCUAGAAGAGAUUGAACGCAUUUUAAAUGGAGAAUAAUGUUAUUCCUUAUCAUAUGACAAUGGUGUCAAAGACCUUCACUCUUAUCAUGUAUUUUCUUGUACUGAAAGCUCUGAAAAAUAUGUAAUAGUUUAUCAGAGACUGCCUCUACAGAGGAUCAAAGCAAGAUUUUUAUUAAAUACCUGUCUUGCCCCAGGAUAUGUAUUUUAUAAGAUAUGGCAUAAAUUUUAAUUUGGGUAAAUAUAGGAGAAAUCUCAAAAUCCAGAUGGCAAACAUGAAACAUUAAUUAUAGAAUAAGCAAUGGGGUUUUUUUGUUUGUUUUUGGCAAAAUAAUCUACCAAUCUGAGUUAAAAUAAUGUGAGGCAUGAGGGAUGAUCCCUUUGGGACAAAUUCAACAUGUACUGGGUUUUUGUGUGUGUGUGUGUGAAUUCCUAUUUAGUAGUCUUUUUUCUUUGCCUUUUAGAAUUGGCAACGGAUUGGUAAUUAUUGAGCACAUUUUUUUUCUUCAAUUAUUUUAAACCAAGGGACUAAAGUCCCUUACAAGCCCCAAACACUACAAGUAAGUACUGGGUUUUGUUUGUUUUUGUUUUUUUUCUUCUUUUUGGAUUUUUUGGGUUUUUUGUUUUUU